AUGAGGGGACUCAGGCCGGUACUCUUCUUCGUGCCUCUGGUGCUGCUGGUGCUGCAGAGUCGAAGCUUCGAACUGCAGGAUACGAUCCACGCACUCAUCGAGGAAAACAUCCACCUUCAUGACCAGCUGGAGAACCUUACCCAGGCCCUCAGGGAGCUCAAACGGAUGCUGUGGCAUCACUCGAAUGGUACCUCAAAGUCCUCUUUACCACUUAUUUGAAUACAUGUGUGAGUGGAAAAAAAGACAUGCAAAAAGUGAGUGUUUUCUGUAGUGGGUGGAUAAUAAUAGAAGGUCAUUUACAGGUGCAGCAUAAGGCCAAUUUAACAUGAUUUUCAAGAUUCACAGUGUUAAAAUUAUAAUGAUAGGUACAAAACUGUUUAUCUACAUUUUCAAUGAAAUGAAUGUUCUUUAUUGGAUCCAAAUACCCAUAAUAUCAUAUGAAUGUACCUUUCUGUCUUUAAUCUUGUCCUUUGUCUUUAUAUUUGCACACUUUGCUUUGACAUGAUGGGACCGUAUGAAGGGAAUCCCCUCAAUCAAUAAAACAAAACAUGAAAAAUUUCUGAUUAGAAAUCUACAGAAUGGCUUUUCCUUUUUCAGGCUAUAUCAUAAAAACGCUCUAGUGCACACUGGGAUCACUAAUGCUAGUGCAGAUUAGUUCUGUGAAACAUCUGGUUUUUCCACGUUUUGACCCCCAAGGUCACAGCAGCUCUCCGCUCUCCUUUCAUUUACGUCUUAAAUUGUAAUUUCCUGUUUGUGUCGUUUUCUCCAAUCCUGUCAGUGCUGUCUCCAUUUAGUCGUGCUCGUGUUGCCUUUCUGGUCCAAUAUUACAAAAUAGGAUAUUUUUCGCAUGAUUUUAUUCUUUAUUUUGGGAGGAAUGGCUUUUGGGGUUAGGUUCUUUCUCUUUUGACAGAGAGAAGAAACUUACUUUUGUUUCUGUUUCCAGUCCUGCACCAGACCUAAACAACUAACCUUUCGAGCUAAUAGUCCUCAGUGUUGCAAUAUAGAUUCGUUCAAAACAACAAUUGAAUUCUACCAACUUUUAUAUUAUUUAUUCAAUCAUUUUUCUUCAUGCACAGUUGAAAACAAGCUUGUCACUCUUAGUUUCUCCUCCUCACAGAAUUCUCACUCAGACUCAAUAAAAGUUAUUAAGUCAGUUUUUCUUACAUGGUGUCUGCUACCAAUAGGCUUAAAAACUCCUCUUGAGAAACAAGUGGGUGAUGUUUCCAAGACUUCAUCCAUGUGCUACUAUAGUCUAUAGUAGUGGUUCUCAACUGGUGAGAGAUGGGUCACAAACAGCUGGUCAAAAAAGGAAAUAUUUAAUGCGAUAUUUAUUAGAUAUUUUAUAUUUUCUGUAUAAGCAACUUCGGUAGUUGUCUGAAUUCUAUAAAAGUGGGUUGCUACCUAAGGACCCUAGGAAAAUGUGGGUCUCAGAGUGAGACCAGUUGAGAACCACAAGUUAUUUUUGAUCAUGCAUGCUCUGCUAAAUUGAAGAAAGAGCUCCAGAGAUAAAUUCAAGAAUGAAUCAGACUUUUAAAGCUGCCGUCCUGACAGAUCUAAUGUGUGUUUUUGUUGCAGACCAUGAGCACCAUCAGCAUCACCGUCAACACCGUGAACAUCACGAUGAGAGCGUCCAACAUCUGUGGGAAGAGUGGUCACAGCACGGUGUGUAUGAUCACAUCAAAACAUUUCAUCAGAUAGUUCACAGAGGACAACAGGAAGCACUGUGUUACGAGUUUGCAGCUCAGCAGAACAAAACAUCGGCUGACAUUGAUUCCCCGGUCAUGGAGGCUGCAGAAGCACCAGAGGGAUAAUCAACCAUUUAGUCAAUCCGCUCUGCUGCAAAUGAGCCUGCUGGCAGCGUUGGGAUUUGUUGCGUACACAUGUUAAAAGGCUGGAUUCUCCUUGUGUGAGUUAACUUCACAGUUUGAUUCUUUCUUUCUUGCAGGAAUCAGUGCAGAAACUCAUCUCCUCUUGGAGCACGCUUUUUGUGAACACCCACAUGGCUCGGCUGCUCCUCUCCAUGAUGAAACAUCUGUCUUUCUGCUGUUGGUACCCUGCUUCACUAUGCUGCUGCUUUGUAGGCUACAUUAG